AUGCAGGUUUUUGCCCGUACACAGUCAAGGUAUUAUCGUCUGUCGCAACAAAUUCCAAUUAGAACCUUUACAACCAGUACAAUAAAUCGCGCAGCUCAAGGUGGUUCAGUGUCCGUACAGCCACCUGACAAAAAACGGAUCGGCGCGUUCCGAGGGGGCCUUAUUGGAUUUUUAUUAGGUUUGUCAAUUGCGGGCGGAUCGGGAUACUACUACCUUCUGGAUGAAUAUCAUACCGCGUCGAAUCUUUUAUUAAGUUCAGUUGAAGAAUUACAGAAGUCCACAAGCAAGGUGCAUGAUUAUGCACAAAAAAUUGAAAGAGUCGAGGACGAACUAAAAGCUCUACAAGAAAGCGCAGCCACUACAGAUCAAGUAAAGGAGUUGAGGAGUGAAGAUGGACUUGAUCAACAGAAUCUUGAAUUAAAAGCCGUAGUAUGGAAUCUCGAGCAAGAUAUUCAUUCUUUAUUGAAUGGUAAUCAAAAAAGUAGUUAUGCUGCUGUUGACAUUGACAUUAUGACUUCUCAAGAGCAAAAAGUCUUGGAAAUUCAAGUUUCUCCUGAAGAAUCAGAAUACCUCGCGUUCUUACAAAAGACUGCACAACAAGCACAGCGUCUUAAGGAAAUUCAACAACAGCAAGAGUACGAAAUUAUUACUCGGGAGGAAGAUCCAACUACAUAUCCGUCCGAAAUCCAACGUAUUAGAGAAGACUUACUUGAAGCUAGUGCUCAACUUUUGUAUAUAUCAGAAAGUGAAGAACCUUAUGAAUUUAUAUUUAUUCCAAACGAUCAAAUUACUUCUCUUCCAACAAACACCACAGAGUUUGUAAAUUUGAUUAAACAAUGCAAUAUCAAUAUAAUGACUGAAGAGGAGAAAGAAAUAGGAGAAAGUCGUGUCAUGACGUUUCAAGAGUUUUUUGAACCUUUUACUGGAGCUAAUGCACAGGACCCAUAUGGCCAAAAAGAUGGAUAUAAAGAAUUACAAAAAAUUGUUGAAGCUAUUUUUGGUGGUAAAGAUAAUGUAAAGAUAUAUAAAAUUGGUGAACAACGUAGAGUCGGUGUAUAUAUCGUCGGAUUGAUCAAAGGCACUGGAAUUACUGGACUGAAGACUAUAAGUGUUGAAACAUAA